CUCGACCCUAGUUAAUGUAAAGCCACCGAUUAGUUGCAGAUCGCGACACACUUCCUAGCUAGUGAGCGUCUUUCAAAGCAUGAGUGAUUCAUCGUCAACGUUGUCUUCCGCGUCUCCUUCUCAGGCAUCAACCGCGUUAUCAUCUCUGCCCUCUCCGGAGAUCCAAUCACUGAGUCUAGGAGAUGUGACAGACGAGGAUCGGGCGCAGGCCGCUAAGAUCAAGACACAGGCAAAUCAAGCGUUUGCAAGUCAUAACUUCGUGGAGGCCGUCAGACUCUACUCUCAGGCCAUAGAGCUGAACCCGAUAGAUGCAACGUAUUGGUGCAAUCGUGCCGCAGCUCGGACAAAAUUAGAAGAAUAUGGUUUCGCGCUCACGGAUGCUUCAAAGGCCAUCGAAGUCGAUCCUAAAUAUGCCAAGGCUUAUUACCGCCGCGCGACAUGCUAUCUACAGAUUGCGAAACCUCAGCUAGCGAUCGCGGAUUUCAAGAAAGUCGUCGUGCUAGAGCCUAGAAAUACGGUCGUCCAGUCACAGCUCACAGCUACCCAAAAGCUCGUGCGCAGGAUAGAAUUCGAGAAGGCAAUUGAAGUAGAAGGGGAGAAAGACGCCGUAGAAAGAUGUCAUGAGAUCAUCGCAGAAGGCGGCUGUGAGGUCGAAAAAGCAUAUGCUGGUCCACAUUUGAGUACCGGGGAGGAUGGAAAAUAUGCGAUGACGGAGGAGUUUAUCAAAGGAAUGAUCGAAUGGUUCAAGUUGGGCAAAAAUCUUCCAAGACGCUACGCAUGGGAGAUUAUUCUUAGGGCAUGUUCGCAUUUUAUGAAAGAAGAAAGUCUUGUAAACUUGGACCUGCAAGAAGGCAUGACGUGCGAUGUUAUCGGAGAUGUCCACGGGCAAUUCUACGAUUUAUUGCAUCUAUACUCGUUGACGGGUACACCCACCGAGAAGCAUUGUCUUCUUAUGAAUGGCGAUCUUGUUGAUCGAGGAUCAUGGUCUAUUGAGGUUAUUCUUACCGCUUUCGCGUACAAAUGGUUAUACCCCGCACGCAUGUUCAUCAAUAGAGGUAAUCACGAAGCAAAAGACAUGAACCGAACAUAUGGCUUUGAAGGCGAGGCAAAGCACAAACACGGAGAGCAAACUUACAAAUUAUUCGCUCACGUUUUCACCACUUUACCAUUGGCCACGCUUGUGAGCGCCACGAAAGCACCUACCAAAAAAAGCGAUACAACGAUUCUGUCACCAGAAGGACUCAAGAGAUACUUUGUCGUGCAUGGUGGGCUAUUUAGUAAAGAUGGUGUCACCCUCGAUGAAGUUCGCAAAAUUCCUCGAAUUGGACGGCAGCCAGGUCAAGAGGGUUUAAUGUCCGAUCUCCUCUGGACUGAUCCUCAAACACUUCCUGGUCGCGGGCCAAGCAAACGCGGUGUCGGCAUCGCUUUUGGUCCUGACGUCACGAAGAGGUGGUGUACAUUAAAUGGCGUUACUUCUAUUAUUCGGAGCCAUGAAGUCCGCCAGGACGGGUAUGCCAUAGAGCACGAUGGCCUCUGCACAACCGUCUUUUCAGCUCCAAAUUAUGUGGACCAAGUGGGAAACAAGGGGGCGUUUAUACGAAUAGAUGCAGAAGGAGAACAAAAGUACACCCAAUUCGAGGCCACACCUCAUCCGACAAUGAAACCGAUGGCAUACGCACAAGGGGGUCUGGCGAACUUGAUGAUGUAGAUCCUCAGGCGAAUCUUUCACUGUGCAUGAUUUAGGUGUAUGAGAAUAGAGUCACGUAGAAUCACGUAAUGGGCAUGGGCGCGUGGGAAUCUUGCUACUUGUAGUCACCAGUUGCUCGUUUGGACGCUUAACA